UAAAGAAAAUAUAAUAAACAACAAGAAAUUUAGUUCGAAUGUAAAAAUAAGAAUAUUAUUAUUAUUGUUUUUACUUUAAGAUUUUAAUAAAAGCAGGGAAUACAAACUUUGCUUCCUGGAAUUGGUUUUGGAGUUGCAGUGAAAUUGUACUGAGAAUUAAGGUUCGCUUUUAGAGCAACGUUGAAUAAUAGCAACGGAUUCUCAUUCGAAAGAGGACCAUUCUUCACAACUUUCCAUGAAAAGAGAUAAUAAUAUAGAGCCUUCAGGCAGUCCUCAAAGUCGAAAGGUUUCAGCAAGAUGGGACCCAGAUGAAGCAUGCAGGCCUACCAUUGAUGAUGCUCCAGUCUUCUAUCCAACUGUUGAGGAGUUUGAAGACACACUUGCCUAUGUAGAAAAGAUUCGUGAAGAAGCUGAAUCAUUUGGCAUAUGUCGGAUUGUUCCGCCUCCUUCUUGGACUCCUCCUUGUCUUCUUAAAGAGAAAGAUAUAUGGGAACAUGCCAAAUUUUCAACACGAAUUCAGCAAGUUGACUUACUUCAAAAUAGGAAGCCAAUGAGAAAGAAAACUAGAAGCCGAAAACGUAAACGGAGGAGGCAAUCAAAAAAGGGAGCAACUAGAAGACGUGCCAAUUCUAGUGUAGAAUCUACUUCUGCGAGCAGUGAGAAUUUUGGCUUCAGUUCUGGAUCAGACUUCACACUCGAAGAAUUUCAGAGAUAUGCAAAUGAUUUCAAGGAGACAUACUUCCGGAGAGACUGUGAUGAGGAUUUAAAGCCUGGUGUGGUUGAAUACUCAAAAUGGGAACCUUCUUGGGAGGAUAUUGAAGGUGAAUACUGGAGGAUAGUUGAGCAGCCAACUGAUGAGGUUGAGGUGUAUUAUGGAGCUGACCUGGAAACAGGAACAUUUGGCAGUGGGUUUCCUAAGGCAUCAUCUAUGUUAACUGGAAAUGAUGCAGAUAAAUAUGCAAUGUCAGGUUGGAACCUAAACAAUUUCUCUCGCCUACAAGGUUCUGUGUUAUCUUUUGAAGGAUGUGAUAUAUCUGGAGUUCUAGUGCCAUGGCUCUAUGUGGGGAUGUGCUUCUCAUCAUUUUGUUGGCAUGUUGAGGAUCACCAUCUUUAUUCACUAAACUAUAUGCACUGGGGUGAUCCAAAAGUAUGGUAUGGAGUGCCUCAAAACCAUGCUUCCUCUUUGGAGGCUGCAAUGAGAAAGCAUCUGCCUGAUUUAUUUGAAGAACAGCCAGGCUUACUCCAUGACUUGGUUACUCAGCUAUCUCCAUCAAUUCUGAAAGCUGAAGGUGUACCAAUCUAUCGAGCUGUACAACACUCUGGGGAGUUUGUUCUUACCUUUCCAAGGGCAUACCACUCUGGGUUUAAUUGUGGCUUCAAUUGUGCAGAGGCAGUGAAUGUUGCCCCUGUUGAUUGGCUAGAACAUGGUCAAAAUGCAGUGGAGCUCUAUAGUGAGCAGCAUCGCAGGACAUCACUGUCCCACGACAAGCUGCUUCUAGGAUCAGCUCAGCAAGCCAUCCAAGCUCUCUGGGAGAUAUUUUUUGCUGGCAGAGAAACUCCAGGAAAUUUGAGGUGGAAACAUGUCUGUGGAAAGGAUGGAAUGCUUACGAAGGCUGUUAGGAUGAGAGUACAGAUGGAGGAGGAAAGAGUGAAUUGCCUUCCACCUCACUUACCCUCACGGAAGAUGGAGAAGGACUUUGAUUUGGAAAGUGAGAGGGAAUGCUUUUCUUGUUUCUAUGAUUUGCAUCUGUCUGCCUGCAGCUGCAACUGCUCUCCUGAGCGAUUUGCAUGUCUAAAACAUGUAAAGAAUUUCUGCUCAUGCGAAGUGGAAGACAGAUUUGUCCUCCUUCGCUACACCAUUGAUGAAUUGCAAAUGCUAGUAAAAGCCCUGGAGGGAGGAGUAGAUGCUGUUAAAGUAUGGGCAUGCAAAGAUAUUGGGCUGCUUCCUGGUAAAGAUUGUGAUGCUUACGUGCCUAAUUUGGUUCAGGAUAGUGAGGCAGUAAAAUUAGAACCUUCUGAACCAAGCGGAAGUUGGUCUUGUUCCUGGAAAAUGGAAGAAAAGGUGAAUAUUAGUUCUUCCUCAUAUGGUCCUGUUUCGGAAGUAUUGCCCCAGAGUGGGACUAAAUUAAAAGCUUCUCCUUCCACCGUAGGUUGUGAAAACAAUGUCUAUAAUAUUGGAGUUCUUAUUAUGGAAAACAGCGUGAACUUGGAGCAGGAUGCCUGCAUGAAGUUGAAUCUUGAUGUUUUAACUGAUUAUCCUGCAAGCAAGUCAGUAAAUGCUUUGGAAAGCCCUAAUAACAAGAGUGAUGUGGAGAUAUUUUUACCCUCCUUUAAUCAAGAGAAAAUUUGUGGCUUUGAUGAAGUAAGAGAACCUGUUCUAAAGAGACUCAAAAGUGAUUGUAGUUCAUCAGUUUCUCGAGAAUCUCCCAACAACUAUCAGCAUUCAACUUCAUGUGUUCAUCAGGAUUCUGAUGGCUUUGAUGGCAAGAAAUUGUUUGAUGUUGAACUUCAUCCAGGACAAUCUAAUACCUUCUGGAAGACAGCAACUGUCAAUAACUCAGAUUUAAAUGCAUCUAUUGUUGCCCGAGGUGAUCCAUUGUUGAUUUCUUCUGUAGAACCUUUAAAUUUUGGAUCUGUUAUGUUUGGAAAACUAUGGUGCAGCAAGAAAGCCAUAUUCCCAAAAGGAUUUAGAAGCCGUGUUAAGUUCUUUAGUGUGAUCAACCCAACAGAGAUUUCAAACUACAUCUCAGAAGUCUUAGAUGCUGGGCCCCUUGGCCCUCUAUUUAAGGUCACUUUAGAAGGCUGCCCCACCGUAAGCUUCUCAAAUGUGUCAGUGGAGAAAUGCUGGAAAUUGGUAGUGCAGCAACUAAAACAAGAAAUUUUAAGGAGCAACCUUGGGGAAAGAAGCGUGCUUCCCUUACAAUUACUGAAGAGAGUCAAUGGACUCGAAAUGUUUGGAUUUCUCUCACCACCCAUAAUUCAGGCUGUUGAAGCUCUCGAUCCAAAUCAUCAAUGCUUGGAGUACUGGAAUCACAAGACUAGUAGUGAUAAGAAUGAAGUUAAUAAGGAUUUAGAUUGAGUUGGCCAGCAGGAUAGGGGAAUCGAAAGCAAACAUUUUUGGUGUCGUUUCGAGAAAAUAGGAAGAGGUAGACAGGUAGUUGUGAGAAGAGUUGAACAUAAUGCGUAGUGAGGCAGAAAGUGGCAUAGAGAUGAGAUCCUUAAAAGAUGUAGAUUAGUCGAAGACGGUGGAGAUUUUACAGUUUUUAUCUUUGGUACAAAGAGGGAGUGGAUGUAGGUUAAAAGGAAGGGUUUGGUUGCUGAGUUGAUUCUUAUUGGGACUAGUUGUUUUAAUCUUCAACUUGAGUUUUGGAUUA